AUGAAAGACAACAUGGAAACGAAUACAAAUCAUCAUCACGAAGAAGCUCAUUCCGAUGAAGGCUUGAAUCAUCAUCACCGAAACCAAGAUGAAACAACAAGUCCGAAGAAGAUCAACACGACACCCCUUUUCGUGUCGGGAAUGAAUGAACGAUUGAAAACGCUCUUGGAAAAAUUAAAACCUGCACUGGGAUGGCUCUCGUGUAUCAUGGUCCAUGUCUUGUUUGGAAUGCAUCCUAUAUUUUCGAGAUAUUUGCAAUCACAGUCGGAAAAUAAGCUUCCUUCGUUAUUACUUAUUACAAGUUGUCAUCUUGCAGCAAUAUUGAUCUAUUUACCGAGAAUGAUUUACCUUUUAAUUUAUUAUGUGAAAGAAAGAAUUUCAAAAAAGAAAAAUCCAAAGAAUACUACCACGUUAGAGGAACAUGAAAAUUCAUCAAAUCAUCAAGAUAUGAACUCAGAGCCCAUAGCAAGCAGGGGAGGCAGUUUAUGGAGCCGAAUCAAGGAAAAAGUGAGGCAAUUUUUGCCGCUAACAUUUUUUUGCAUUUCACUCGUUACGAGAUCAGUAACGAAUAUCAUGUCCUCAAAAUUUACAAGUGCAAUUUUUGUACAGCUUUUUGCACUGACAACACCUUUCAUUUUGGCCUUUGUGACUGUCUUUAUUUAUAACAAGUGGUUUUUGAGAGGCCAUGCAAAGGAAUCAUUUGGAUUGAAGGCAUGGGUUUCAAUGAUUUUGACAGUGAUAGGAGGAGUGGUCAUUAUUAUUGGAAGUGUUGUUGAAAAGAGUGCAACACCACAGCCCUGGUAUGCAUUCUUUUAUACGUAUGCCAUUGAUUGGAGCUCAUUUUCUGAGCACAUUACUUGGUGGGAUUUAUUGGGUAUUUCAAUGUCACUCGUGUCAAGCGCUUGUUUAGUUUGGUACAUGCUCUGUUUAAGGUACAUGAAACAGGAAGAAAAGUCGAAUAUUGUGACUGUCACAGGAGAAAACCUAUUCAUCCUCCAAUUAUUCAUCAUGGGUUUUAUAUUUUUAAUUCCAAGCUUAAUCAUUGAUGAUUGGACGCUCUGGACAAAACUCUCACCCAAAGAUUGGAUCAUGUUCUUUUGUUUCACCAUUUUCGUGUUCAUGUUGGCCAAUCAUUUGAACAUUUUUGCAAUCAGUGCUUUGGGUUCCUCUGUGGUAGGAUCUAUUUUGGCCUUGCGAUUGGUUUCAACCAUUGUUUUCAGUAUUCUCAUUUUGCAAGAGAGUCUUAAAACCAUCUGGCAAUUACUUGGAUGCAUACUUGUGUUGGCCUCUGUUUCCUAUUUCAUGUAUACGGAAUAUCAACAAGAAAAGGCCAAGAAAAAACAAGCACAAGAGACAGAGAAGAAGGAAACUGCUGUUAGAGAACACGAUGAAAGAGAAGGAGAGCAUUUGAAUGAGCUUCAUAUGAACGAGGAGAAUCAUGAAUUUAUAGAUCAUCAUCAUGAUGAUACGUCACACCUCGAACAUGACACUAUUGAACUCAUUGAAAAUUCAUCAUCCAAAAAGGAAGCAAAAACGAAACAGCAACAAGACCAAAUCUCGAUUGAGGUCAGAGAAACCAUCUAA